GUUACUCAGUUCUCACACGAGCGUAGCCACAGACCCAGGGCAGCAGCGGCCAGAAACGGGAAAAGGAAAAGAGGGAAAAAAAAAAUUAAAAGAAGAAGAAAAAAAAAGGAGGAAAGAGGAGAUGAAACUACUGGGAUGGUGGUUAAUGUUAGUGGGUUCACUUCGGUUGGCAUCGGUAUGGUUCGGAUUCGUGGAUAUUUGGGCUCUACGCCUCGCCGUUUUCUCUCAGACAACCAUGACUGAAGUUCAUGGAAGGACAUUUGGGAUUUGGACACUAUUGACAUGCACCCUCUGCAUUCUUUGUGCAUUUAACCUUGACAAUAAGCCAUUGUAUUUGGCAACAUUCUUAUCCUUCAUCUAUGCCUUUGGUCAUUUCUUGACCGAGUACCUGAUAUAUCAUACCAUGGCCAUUGGGAACCUUACAACUGUUGGCAUCUUUGCAGGCACAUCCAUAAUAUGGAUGCUAUUGCAAUGGAAUGCACAUCAGCCGGUGAAGACUAAGAAUAAGUAGAGCUGUAAAGCAUCAGAAGCUAUUAUUCUGCACAUGAAGCAGAUGAGUUCAAGUUAGUUGCUCUGUGCUUUAUCUUUGUUGCUGAAGGAAAUUCGUCAUGGCUAUGGCUGGGUAAACUAGCUUUGAUGGUUCAGCUCUCAAAGAACCUUUGAUAUUGGGUGUUUCUUGGUAUUAAGCUUUCAAUCUCAUCAUCUUUUUGCAUCCCUUCUUUGGAUAACCUUGUUGGCGUUAAUUAUUCUUUCUGUACUCGUGGUCCUUCAACAUUUUUUCUGAUAUCUUGCUACAAUUGGGGGCCAUAUUGUUCUUUAGUCAAACAUUGAUGGGCGUUAAUCAAGUAGGGAUUCAUGAUUUGUUUUGGUGGUAGUUGAUGAAUUUGCAGUUUAUGAACUC